GAAUUGAAGAAGUUGGCUGGAAUGAAAUUCCGUGAUUGGUAUCUGAAAAUUGCUGUUGUUUCUGCCAUAAUUGGAGGUUCCAUGGAAUUCUUCAUGAUUAAGACUGGUUUUUAUGAUAAGGUAAGUGUUUUAGAAGCGGAAAAGAGGGCCUAUGAGAAUUCUCCUGAAGCCAAGGCUAUCAGAGAUGCUCUUAAUCCAUGGAGACAUCAGGAUGCAGAAGCAAGAAAGAAUGCUUAGCUUUGUCACUUCUGUUAGAGAAUUAUAAGGCAACUCAGAAAUUCACUUUGAAGGAAAACAUCCCUAGCGGAGUGCUUCUUUGAGCUUGCUACUGUUCAUAUUUCUCACGGGUGUCGCUAGCGUGUCACUGCCGAUUGUUUCACAAGUUUGGUGGUCACUUCCUUUAUCAUGUGAUGGGAAAAUUCUAUGAAGACAAUGGAACAUAUAUCAAAAUGGAGAUCUUAUGGAUCCAAACUUGUUUAUUUUCUUCUCUCUAGAUGUUUAGCGUGUUUAGUACUUUGCUUUUUUGGAUCUGCAUGUGUAUGCGAAACAAUCAGUUGUACCUUUGGAGAAGUGGAUUAGGUAGUCGUUUGAUUAUACUAGUCUAAUCGCACGUGCCUUGCACGUAUAAUGAUUGAUUAUUUAAAGUUAAAUAAUUUUAUUUAUUGUGGA